AUGACGUCCAAUGAGGCCGAUAUCCCCACGGGCCUUCCCAUGUGCCAGUGGAACAGCGCCAGAAGGACAGAUUCGAAACAAUCUACGAUUUUAACGGCGACUGAGCUACCGACGGAGGAGCCAGUGGCACAACAGCCAACAGUGAACGGAGGAACUACAACCGCGAACCACGUAACGACGAAGGAGGUCACAUCCAAUGAACGUCCCACAGCGGCGGAAUUUUGGCAGAAUGCCCUGGCAGGUGCCGAAUGCUCCUCAUAUCCGACAUUACCACCAUUCCUUGAUCAGCCAGACGCAGAUAGAGAGGUAGAGCACACUUUCCUCCAACCUUCGGAGGUUCUUGGGAGUAUCUCUGUAUCAACAUUGGUCCGCGCGGCAUGGGCUUUGAUCACCGGCUCAAUGACCGACUCGAAUGAUGUGAUGUUUGGUACAACAGCAUCUAAAGGAAACACAAUAAUUCCCGUGCGCGUAAGACUCGGAAAUUUGAGUAUUCAAGAGUACCUACGAGAGGUCCAACAGCAUGCGAUUGCGGCUAUUCCCCACGAGCAAGUGGGAUUGGAACAAAUAGCCAAGCUGUCUACCGACUGCGAAAAAGCUUGCGCAUUCCAAACGGUGCUUAUCCAAUCCCGCGAUGAUAUCCCACCUUACCAGUUCAACAAGUAUGGGCUCACGAUCCAUGUUAAGCUUGUUGGCGGCGAGAUCAACGUUAAGGCUGCAUUUGACCCGCGUGUAAUUGAGCCAUUGCUUGUCUUUAAACUCCUCCGACGCCUUGAAUUUGUCACUCAACAACUCAGUAGCUCAAGUCAACAAAAGGGGCUGAGCGAGCUGGAGCUUCUUCCGCCACAGGAUCUAGAUCAAAUUCGCGAGUGGAACAGCGGUGUUCCAGCGGUGGUUGAGCGAUGUAUCCAUGAUAUUGUCCAGGAACGUGCGCAGGCUGACCCUGAGGCGCAGGCAGUCUGCGCAUGGGACGGUGAACUAACAUAUCGCGAGCUGAACGAGCUUUCAUCUUAUCUUGCCUCCCACCUGGUGAAUCUCGGUGUUGGCCCUGAGAAAGUCGUGCCAUUAUGCUUCGAAAAGUCGAUGUGGACCGUUGUGGCCAUACUUUCUGUUCUCAAGGCUAGUGGCACAUUCGUUCUCCUUGAUCCCAGUCUCCCCGAGGGCCGAGUUCAGAGUGUCACCCAGAAGGUGCAGGCGGAGACUGCAAUUACUUCCAAGUACUGUCAAGGCAGACUCAGUCCCUUCGUGCGCCAGACGGUUGUGCUCUCCAAGGAAACUAUGGAUUCGUUCAAAUCACAAAGUCAGCGAUCCUCGUCUCAGAUGCCAAAGGCGGUGCCUAGCGGUGCUGCAUAUAUCAUUUUCACAUCCGGUAGUACUGGAGAGCCGAAGGGCUGCGUUGUCGAGCACCGAUCCUACUGCUCAGCUGCAUCUGGCCACGGAAAGAUCCUAGGCAUGAGCAAGAACAUUCGCGCUCUGCAGUUCGGCUCCUACAACUUCGCCGGAGCUAUCAUGGAAAUGGUCAUGACCAUGAUCUAUGGUGGCUGUAUCUGUAUUCCCAAAGAAGAGGAUCGCACGGUCAACCUGGCCGCGACGAUUGGCAAGCUGAAUGCCAAUUGGGCCUUCUUGACCGCGACUGUGCUGGCGCUCCUUCACCCAGAGGACGUUCCAUCGCUACGCACAAUUUGCGUCGGUGGUGAGCCCAUCCGAAGCUCCCAGAUCAGGUUGUGGGCUCCAAAGGUCCAGUUGCGACAAACUUACGGCAGCGCUGAGACUGCUGCUGUCGUCUCGUCGGCUGGCUUGGAUCCGGCGUCGGUCGUUACGAGUGUCGGAAAAGCGACUACCUGCAAGUGCUGGCUCACCAACCCAGCGAAUCCUAACCAGCUCGUGCCUAUCGGUGCACCUGGUGAGGUUAUAUUCGAAGGACCUGUGAUCGGGCGGCAUUACAUUGGCAAUCUGCAGAAGACAGCCGAGGCCUUCAUUGAGGCGCCGUUCUGGAGAGGCACCCUCGGGCCUGUUGCUGCAUCUUCGAGGUUCUACCGAACUGGUGACCUCGCUUCAUACAGGAGCGAUGGAUCCAUUGAGCUGCUGGGAAGAAAAGAUACCCAGGUUAAGCUGCGUGGCCAGCGCAUUGAGCUUGGAGAAAUUGAACACCAAGCAAGACAAUCCUCUCCAGACUUGAAGGAGGUCGCCGUAGAGCUUACUGUUCUUGGUGGCAGCGGUCCUAAGUUGAUCUCCUUCCUGGUGCUCAAGUCCAGCCAAACAAAUGAAAAUGGCAGUGGUGUGGUUCUUGACGAACAUGUCUGGUCGGUUAUUCAAACUGUGAAGAGUCGACUGGAGAGCGUGCUGCCCCAUUACAUGGUUCCCUCUGUGUUCCUCCCCAUCACAAGCCUUCCUCUCACGGCCUCUGGAAAAACCGAUCGGAGAAUCCUUCGCCAGAUGGGCUCCGCGCUCACCGCACAGCAAAUCCUGGAUCUGCAUCCCAAGUCUAAAGGCGAGAAGCGAAAGCCACACACACGGACUGAACUGCAGCUUCAGCAGAUCUGGUGUGAUGUGCUCAAACUCGACCCCUCCACCAUCGGUCUUGACGACAGCUUCUUCCAGAUCGGCGGUGAUUCUGUUAGCGCCAUGAAGGUUAUAAGUAAGGCUCGCGCGCUCGGCCUGAACCUGAAAAUGGUAGACAUUUUCCGAAAGGACAUACUUGUGGAGUUGGCUCAGCAGGAGUCCCUAAACACCGCUGACGAAGCCCCCGAGCAAGUUGUUUCCGCUCCUCUCGUCGAAUCCUCACUCAAAUCCGCUCUGCUUGACGAGCUUGAAUCGACCUUCUCCAUCAGUUCCUCAGAUGUUGCGGAUAUCUACCCGCUCACCUACGUCCAGGAGGUCCUUGUCACUGCCAUUGUAAGCUUGGGAUAUUCCGUCGAUUAUGUCUACCUUGAUCUCGAUGCUGGCCUGGAUGUAUCGGACUUGGAACGUGGCUGUAGGAGACUAUUUGAGAAGUACCCCAUCCUCCGCGCUCGCUUCUUGCAGCUUCAGGGCAAGUUCUGGCAAGUUGUUCCCCACCAACUCAAUGAGGUCUUUAGCAUUGAGCCCGUCGUUGGGAAUCUUGAAGAAUGCGUCCGGAACUUCUGCCUCGAGAACAAGAAGACAUUGCCACCCACCCAGCCCCCUGCUGCGUUCUUCCUCUUCAGGCAUGAGAAGGGAAUGCGGUUGGCCUUUCGGUUGUCGCACGCCCAAUAUGAUGCCUUCAGUGUGCCCGUCCUGUUGCAGGCAAUCUUCGAUGGCGAUCAGGGUGAGACUCCUGCGAAGCCAACUUUCCCUUCAUUCCUCGAAUACACCGCCCACCGGCGCCCCAAGACACUUGCCUACUGGAGCCAAUUGCUUCGGGGAUCGCAUGUCACUCCAAUCAUGCCCCAUAUCCGCCCAAAAAAUCCCCAAACCCCCAUUCCUGAGCAAAUUAAUGCAGUAGGGGAGGCACAUUUGCCGAGCCGUCUGGGCAAAAUUACCCACGCCACUCUGCUCCGGGCCGCGUGGGCUGUCUAUCUCUCGCGCAUGACGAGUGAAACCGACGUCAUCUACGGCCAGGUGGUUGCCGGCCGUGUCGCCGGGAUUCCAGCCGUAGAGAAGAUCGUCGGGUGUUGUCUGAACAUUCUCCCCGAGCGCGUUGAUUUCGCUUCUAUCAAGACUGUUGCGGAGCUACUCAACGUCGUUCAGGACCAAUAUCUUUUGCUGGGAGAUUCAGACUCCCUUGAUUUCAGGGCCAUUGUCGAUAACUGCACCGAAUGGCCAGCCGGUUCUGAAUUUGACGCCGUUCUUCAUCACCGGAGUGUUGAUACAACACCCGAGAUCCAUACCUCGGCCGGUCUUGCGCAUCUGGGAUAUCUCCCAAACCCGUCCAUUUUCCCGUUCAUCUACAUUGUGUCGGCAUCGCGGGGCGAUGAUAUUCUCAUCAAGGUGAUGGCCAAUAAUCAUAUGAUGGCCCCCGAGAUGUGUAAGAACAUGGCGGACAGUCUGGCCCGCAUUAUAGAGAAGCUGGUUACUGGCAUGCAUAUGCCAUUGCCGCAGUGGAUGGAUGAUGUUAAGGUCUAG